AUGUCCUAUCCCGUGACUGUCGAGUUCUUCCCAAUCAGGACUUUUUACUGCAUCACCCUGUUACGAAUUAUUUGCAAGUUGACAAUCUGGAAGGUAGUAUGGUUUUGCUGUCACACAAUAUGACCCAUUAUCCGCGCAACUUUUCAUGUGAACUUGUUGUUCACACACCCAUCGAAAAUGCCAAGAUCAUGAUGAAAAUUGAAGAAUUUUAUAUUCCAUCUAAAACUCCAAGCUGUGUGGAGAACUAUCUGUAUGUAUUUGAUUCCAACACAGCGAAAUCGAAAGCCAUGCCUGAAGCUGGAGGAGAACGUGGCUUAUGCGGACCAGACUAUCCAAAACAGCUUAUAUUUACCACAAAGUCGUAUAUAUGUAUCGCUUUUCAUACAUCUCAACGACCCCCUAUUUUGGCCGGUGCGAAACCAGGAUUUCGAGUCAUUUUGACUGCAGUUCAAGAGACUCAAACCAACACCUGCCCGUUAGACAAUUUCUACUGUGGUCUAAUGCCUCGUUUUGUGAUGUCAAAUCCAGUAAUGGGACUAAAUUCUCUAACAGCAGAGAACCGGCUGUAUGGAUCUUCCCUCCCUCUUUCACAAAAUAUGCGAGGGAAAGAUGAAAGAUUUCCAUCUAACCAAGACAAGCAAUCUGUAGGGUAUUGUAUUACCAGGAAAAGUUUAUGUGAUGGAGUUAUGAAUUGUGAAGAUGGAAAAGAUGAAGACGUUUCUCGAUGCCAAACUAUUAUUGGUAUGAGAGAUUUGAACAUACCCUUACUUACUGGUGACACAAGUGAUCCUAAUAACUGGUUAUCGGGUUUUUUGUCGCUUGGUAUACCUGCAUCUAUCGCUAUAGCUGUCAGUACUAUUGUUAUCUUCACCUUGGGUAUUGGAGCUGUGAUAUGCUGUUGUCAUCGUUGUUGUCGAAUCAACGAAGUUCACAACAAUCAGUAUUUUGAUAACAGACUUCAACUUAGAAGCGGUGCAUUUCUGUCUGAUACAUCCAGCCAUCCAGCAAAUGGAACAAACAAUCCUUAUGGUUAUUGUAGAUCUCAUCAUCAAGACCUAAUUUCCGUGAACACCAGUGCACAGUUAUCAGAUCGCGUAAACUUGAUUUCUCAUGUGGACAGUGACCAACAAAAUACUCACAGCAAUUGGCAGCAGAACGUUCAUUUUCCAUCUGACUCAAUGGCAGCGAGAGAAAAUUAUCUGCAACAACGUGCUUACAAUGUACCUACUCAAUACCAUCAAGGUGUUGGUCAUUAUCUCACAGCUUCUCAACAUAUGAAUAACGAGAAAGGCAUUCAGCCACAUUGUGUUCUUCAAGCACCUUUAAAAUUAUCGUUGAUGGAUAGUCCUCAUCAUUUGCUGAAUCCUUCCAAUGAAACCAUGGGAGCUCAAUAUUUUGUUUCCACCGGUCAUCAUGGAAGUGACUCUUACUCAUCAAUUAAUACAUACCUAGCCAAAGGAUUUGAUCAAAAUGGACCACCAGGACCUCCUCCUGCCCUGAUUCAUGGGGCUUUAGGCAGUCCAUAUACUUACAGGAGAGAUCCAUUGUGCUAUACACCACCACCCUAUGGAGCAUGUAAUGUUCCACCGGCAAGCAGUGUGACUGCAAGCAGCAGUCGAACUGGUACAACAAGCGGUGGUCCACGUGAAUCUGUGAAGUUGAAACGUGAUCAGGCAGCUGUUACAACGGGGCAUAGUAAUUCUGGAAAUGGAGAUGGGACUUGCAAUGGAAGUAACACUGAACUGUUCAGCCAUCAGUUAAGUGGUAUCGGCUCAGCACUACAUACUAACACACCUGUGGAAACAAUAUCUCAUGGGGGUGAUCUUACUUCCAAUGGAGGUAUUGUGUACCUAGGCGAACUGUAUAGACCACUUUCCCCACAGAAUUCCAGCUUGUUUCAAAAUGAAAACCGGGUCCUAGCUCAGUGACUACCACUGGUAGUGGUAGUUCACAUGACAGGAAAUCUCGUCAAUAUUUUCUGAAUGAAAUGAGAUCCCAUCAUAGUGACUGUCAGGCAUUCAUGCUAAGGACCCAUCAAUCAUCACUCCAUGAUUCUGCUCAAAGUAAUUCCAGACGCUCGAAAACAUCGUCUCACCGUCAUCAUCAUCGUGUUAAACAUCACAAGUCAACUGAUCCAAGUCAUACUAUUUCAAGUGGCUCACAUACUCUGAACAAUUCUCGUUGUGCUAUUUUAUCCGUCUUACCACAAAGAACAGGUGAUGUACAUGAACAAACUUUCAGUCAGUCGCCACUGUCCACUGCAACUACUAACCCAAGUACUGCUGGAGCACAAAACCAUCAACGUGUAAUUUACCCUGUACAGCUAUGAAAUGUUCAGUGAAAUUGGUAUUUUAUGCGUUGCUCAAAUUUCUGGGUGUUUCAUGUUUGCACGUAAUUACGCAAUCUACCUAAUACAAGACAAAAUGCAUUCAUGAUAUUUCUUCCCGAAAUUAUUUUUCAUCACCAUUCACUUGCUACUUCUUCGUCCAUGGCUCCUUUCACUUGUGAAGAUUCUCGUGGCCAUCACCAAACUCACACAGCUCUGCGCACCCCCUGCAACAACGUACCUAUCUACAGGCUAGACGUAAACUUAUCAACAACUGGUCGUUACAAAGUCAUGCAUAUAUGGGCAAAGCUAAAUAGUUAAAAAGGAUGAAAUGAAGUUCAUUUAUUUACCUAUUACCACCUACAAACUGAUAGGUACAAAGAACGACUCUUGCAUUAAAUUUCAUCACCAGUCACACCUUACCACUGCAACAAUAACAGCACGGAAUCCGGAUAAGUUCAGUUUAUUACCAUUAUCAUCACCAUUAUUACUACUAUGCAUUUACACUUUAUUCUGAGAAUACAAUAGAACAUUGUAUUUAUCCACAGCAUAUACACAUAAAAUUAGGUAAUGAAUAGAUACGAUGUCAACUGUGAACUUUUCUCUCACAAUGAAGGAGGAUAGCAAUAACAAUCCAAUAACACAUAUCACAUAAAAAAUACACAUGAUUUCACACUUAUUGACUGGUAAUCUAAUUUCCAGAAUUAUGAACUUACAAACCAGUUCAGAGGAGAUUAAGUACAUUUAUUAUGACUUCAUUCUUGCAUGCUUGAUAUCUUGAUUAUUUCUCUGAGAAAGCUUUGCAUGAAACGCUAGAAAUAUUUUAUCUCACACACUGAAAGUUAUAUGAAUAUAACCUAUAUCCAGUGAUAAAAUUUGUUGCAAGAUAGUGACAGUGUAACUGACUUGGAAAAGAAUCUCAACUCAACAGAAUUUCAACUGAAUUCACGUUAAAAAUUUAAACAUAUUAUAAUGCCAGAAAAAUCAAAAUCACCUAAGUGGCAAUAUCACUAAAAACCAAGGCGCACAUGACAUUUCUUUUACACCUUAUUAAUUACUAAUCAGUGGUGUGUACUAUUAUUAUCAUCUGAGACUUAAGUUGGGAUUUUUAGUUCUUUUAGUGAACAUAUUGACACUAAGCAACUGGGUUGAGUAACAGUGGACUACGUUUCCCGUCUCAAUCAUUUAAACAGAGUGUAACCCUACUUCUUCAAUCGUGUUUCAGCACUGUAAAGUGAGAUACACUUAUAAAACUCCCUGGUGCUCUACUUUGCUUAUGUACUGACGUCGUCAUUCUUAUUUUAAAAACUGUGAUGAUGAUUUUUCUUGAGUGUGAACAAGUGAUCUGUUACAUAAUGGAUAAUUAUCCGUCUGUAUUUAAAAUAACAAUUUUUAUUGGUAUGUUUACUAUAUUAGAGAAAGCUAGAAGUGUUUCUUGUUGUCUAGCCAUCGUAAAUUGUUAUGCCUAACACUGAUCUUUUCAUCAUGCAGAUUUUUCUUCUAAUUCUUGUCACUAAAUUUCUGAGUGACUUUGUUAACCAAAAGAAGAAAAGAAGUUUGAUAACCAAAAAGUAGAUAUUUUCUUCUGCAUCUUAAAUGCUUCUCCUGAUGAUGUUAGUGGGAACUUUGAAGUCACCUAGAUUUAGAAAUAGAAGCCAAACUAGUAGGUAAAUAACCAUCAGUAAGUGUUCGAAAAGUAGACGAUAUGUCUAUUUUAAUAGCUGGAGUCUAUCUGACUAAAAUUUUAAUUGCUUCAGACUUAAUAGUGGGCUAGAAUUCUAAAAUCACUGUCUUUCACCUUAGGAUGUUAUCGAAUACAUCAUUUCUUUAAGUUUGGAACUCAUGUUGUUGGUUAACAAGACUGAACCGAUUGUAAGCUGUUGAUAUAUGAUCUGUUCGUGUUAUUGUUAAAGCUACACAUUCCAUUCCUUUGUAUUUUAUUUCCCGUAUUCUUCCAUAACUGCAAUCGAGAUGACAUUUGAAUGGGAUGAUUUUAUAACAUUUAUUUCACCGUAUUGUGUUGAUAUAUGUAACAACUCACUAAACAUUUUUUGUUUAUUUGUACUGAAGAAGACUUUUGCUAGCUCGUUGACCAGUACAACAUCCUGAUAUA